UUUCUAUCUCCUCCUCCAAAAGCUCAAAUAUUUUCCCAAACUUUCCCUCCUUUAUCUUUUCACAUAUACAGUCUCUCUCUCUCUCUAUAUCUCUCUCUCUUUCUCUCUCUAUAUCGCCGAUUUUCAGAGAUGGAAGGGAGUACGCCGGUAAACUCACGAACAGUAGAAGACGUUUUCAUAGACUACAAAGGACGAAGAGCCGGUCUGAUUAAAGCUCUCACCGCCGAUGUUGAAGAAUUUGUCCGUCUGUGUAACCCUGAUAAGGAAAAUCUUUGUCUUUAUGGACUUCCUAAUGAGCAGUGGGAAGUGAAUUUACCAGCUGAAGAGGUGCCACCAGAGCUUCCUGAACCUGUGUUGGGUAUUAACUUUGCUAGAGAUGGCAUGCAUGAGAAAGAUUGGCUAUCUUUAGUAGCGGCUCAUAGUGAUGCAUGGUUGCUGUCGAUUGCAUACUAUUUUGGUGCUAGAUUUGGAUUUGACAAAUCUGAUAGGAAACGCCUUUUCAAUAUGAUCAACGAUCUCCCAACACUAUUUGAAGUUGUUUCAGAAACUGCCAAGAAACAGUCCAAGGAGAAAUCAUCUGGCGUAAACAAAGGAAGCAACAAAUCUAAGUCAAGUUCUAAGAGAGGUAAUGAACCUGAAACUCUGAGAAAGCAUAGCAAGGAAGUUCCGCAACUGAAAAAUGAAAAUGGUGAAGAUGAAGAUGAUGAUGAAGAAAGCGAGACAUUGUGUGGAGCCUGCGGGGAGAAUUACUCAUCAGACGAGUUUUGGAUAUGUUGUGAUAUUUGCGAGAAAUGGUUUCAUGGUAAUUGUGUCAAGAUCACGCCUGCAAAAGCCGAGCAUAUCAAGCAUUAUAAAUGUCCGUCAUGCACCAAUAUCAACAAUAAGCGGGCUCGUGUUUAAAUACAAAUUUGGAAUAGUUUUUUUUAUAGUUUAGUUAGUUUUCUGGAUUUAUUUAUUGUGGUUUAUUUUGGAGCAUAAUAUGGAGAUCAUCAUAUUCUUUUUAAUUUGCAUAAGACAUGAAAAAAUAUUUUUUUUUGUUGA